AAUCGAAGCAAGUCUGUUGGCUUUGAUCAAAGCAUGAUUGAUCAGCUGCGUUUCUCUUGUCUUGAUGGUGAUCUUACAGAGAUCAUCGUCAGGAAUAUCUUGGCGAAUAUUUUGUAUGAUUUCAAAUUCAAAGCUUUCAAACUGCACAUUCAUGGCGAGCGCCAGUUUCUCCACCCCACAUCACAAAUCUCGAAACUCCUUCCUCAAUCAAGAACACCUCCAUGCUUGCUCGAUUUCGACAAUGACCCACAUUCACAAACCGUAAAAGUUUAGGUUCCCAGAUGUGUUCUUCAGCUGGGUUCAUCGCCAUGUUCGAUGGGUUUUGUCUGAAGAGCCUUAAAGUUGGAAUCUUGCAAGGAAUUAACGCUGAUUCCACUGCAAAAGUCGUUUUUUUUUUCUUCUCUCUUGUGUAGACCACGCAACCACCACACAUAUGGGAAGAUUCUCACAAGACGACAAGAAAAUGCACCUAAUUGCACAGGCCGUCCACGUAAACCCGGAAGCCGAAGCCAAAGCGCUUUCCAAAUUUGUCUUCGCUUUUGACGAAUUGGAUAUUUUUCUGACCUCUCAAAUAUUCUCUGAUUAUCAACGAUCUCAAACCGUCUAUUGGUUGGAUACCCACCAGGUGUUCGCUGAUUUUCCGCCGUGAGGUGGGUAUCCCUUGAUUCCUCGGAUUAUUGCCUGAAUCUCUCUGGGUGUUGUUUGGUUUCUUUGAUCUUUUUUGUCGGGAAAAAAAUAUUUGGGGAAGUAAUGGUGGGUGCUUUGUCUGUGGUUGGUUCACCGGUGAUGGACUCACCGACCGGUCCAUGUUUAUGCCUGGAUGCUCAUGCAACUGGUCACAUGAGGAUGCAUCUUGAUAGGGGAAGAAACCUUGGCUUGGGAAGCUCUUUUCUUGAUUCGAAUGCGGGUUUUAGGUUCUCGAAACGAAUAACAACGACGUUUUCGAAUCGGAGAAGCUUGAGGAAGCAGCAACAGAGCAAGAACAAGAGGUUUCUAAUUGUCAGUGAAGUCGCUGGGCAGUACGAAGACAGCUUUGAGGAUGUCAAAACUCAACUUCUCAACUAUUUCACGUACAAAGCCGCGAGGACAGUUCUUCACCAGCUCUACGAGAUGAAUCCUCCGUCGUAUACGUGGUUUUAUAACUACAUUGUAGCAAACAAACCAACCGAUGGCAAGCGUUUCCUCCGCUCCCUCGGCAAGGAGAGCCAAGAGCUCGCGGAAAGAGUGAUGAUCACUCGUCUCCACUUGUACAGCAAGUGGAUCAAGAAAUGCGACCACGGAAAGAUCUAUCAAGAGAUCUCAGACGAGAACUUGGAAUUGAUGCGUGAACGUCUGAUGGAAACUGUGAUAUGGCCCUCAGAUGAUACAAACACAGAGAAGAUCGGUUGAACAUUCGUGGGGUUCGAAGCAUUCAAAGCAUUGACAUUGUUUUCUUCCCCAAUCUCUUUUUUUUUUUUUGGCUAUGUUUUUCUCCUCGUCUUCUCCAGAAGUUUUAGGGUUUUUAGUUCCUAGGAUACGUACAUAUAGCCACUUUGCUUCUUUGUUAAGGCACCUACUCAUAGACAUUGUUUCUAUUGUUUUCUCCCAACACUGGGAACCUGUGUGUGUAUAUAUAUACAUACUCCUCUUUUUCUAUGUGAUGAUGGUGAGACUCGA